AUGACGGUCUCCAACAUUGAAAUCUUCCGUGUUGCCACACCGGCUGCUGCGGGCUGCAGAGGGAACAAAGCCCAGCGCCCUCGGGGACAGGGGUGGGCCGGGAGCAGGAAAGGAGGCCUCUCCCCGACUCGCCCUCCUCCCUCCCCUGCCGGGCUCCGGUUCCUAUUACCUGUUCUUCUCGUCUCUGUCAGCCACGCCACUCUUCGGCAGCGAAAGGAUCCGCCGCAUUGUCUCUGUCCGGUCCCCGCCGGCAGCUCUGCGGAGCCUGUCGAACCCCCUGUCCGGGUCGUGGCGCCUGGGCUGGGAGGAGGCGUGGUCCGCACUCUCACUCCCGGCGCCCGCGCCCGCCUUCCCGGGGCUGAGCCCCAGGGCAGCUCGCCCUUCCCCCUCCUGAAGCCCGACGUCUUCAUGGCUCUGUCUACCGGCUUCGGAGACCCGCUGGACUUUUCGCCGCCUCCGGAACCCUAUACGAGGAAGCAAAUCGCGUCCGCCACAGCCUCCAACCAGGAAACUCCGCGACUCUCAGCCCCUCAGAAGAGAAACAGAGAGGCGCCAAGCAAGGCCGUUACACGGACUGUGCACGCAUCUCCGGUGUCCCUGCGCGUGACACAAAUUUGGCCCCGAGGGAGCUCUGUGUGCCUGAGUCCCAGGAGCCCUAGAGGCCAGCGACAGCUUGUCACCAGGCCUGCGACGCCAGCGGGCGGGAGUCGGCGGAGCUCAGGACACUGACGACGGGCCUGGGGGAAAGCUGUCCCCACACAGCCUGGGGCCAGAGGAGCGGGAUGCCAGGGCCAGACGGAGGAAGACCGCGGGAAGCAGGCUGGACGUGCAGGGAAGGGUCCAGUCCCACCCGCGGGUGCAGGGAACAGCCUGUGGGGAGGGGACGCAGGGCCGCGUGGGAAGAGUCAGGGAGCUUAGGUGUACCGCCCGCGGCAGGAAGAGAGGGGAAGGCUGAGCAGUGAAGGGGUCCCCAAGUCAGCCAAGGCAGAGUUCCCAGGUACGAAUUCAGAGCCUGACGGUACUGGGCGGGGAGGUAGCCCCCACCUUCCUGAAGCCCCCUCCUCAGCUCUGCGAGCGUGAGGCUGGGGACGCCUGGGUAGGGCUGACGGUGAGCCCUGGGUGUCCACCCUGCAAGUGCCUAGAGACCCCACACCUCCAGCCUCCCUCUGAAUUCAGGGUUCUCUGUCCUGAGGCUGCCCAGGGGAGCCUGGCUGGGGCGAGGUGGGCCGGACACGGGCCUGGGCGAGUCUCACCACAGAGGGGCGCCGCUGAGCAGCCAGGCCUCCUGAGGAGGAGUGGACACUCUCCCGGGAGGCCCUGGGAUCCGCCACCCACAAGCACACUUGGAGGCAGCAUCCUUGCAGGACUCGCGCCAGGGCCUGGGGCCCUCCAGCCAGCCCAGCACGCCACCGCCCUUCUGUCCCCAGCCACCCGCGAGAGAAUCUGGGUCGCCAGGGCCUUGUCCUUCACCAAGGCAAAGCCGGCUCAGCCUCAGAGCCGCAGGCCAGAGCACCUGUCUGCAUGAGUGAGCACAUGGGUGUUUUUGAGUCUGUGGGUGUCACAGAGAGGAGAUCGGGAGCUGCCUGCUCACAGGCACUUUGGGACCCCGAAAGAAAAGGCUGUGCCGAGAGAGUUCUUCCAGUCAGGAGGUUUGGGAAUGGGGGAGAAGGGAGUGCCUGGAAUUCCGACCUCAGAACUGAGCCUCCGAAGUGGGAAACGGUGGCUCCCCUACGCGCUCAAGGGCCAGGCAGGUGCAUCCACCCUGCCUUGCGUGGCCCAGGUGUGAGCCGGUGGGCAGAGGUGUGGCCCUGGGUCCAGCUGAGAAGGCUCCUGGAUUGACAGGUGUCAUGAAGACUGGAGAUGGGUCUAUCAGGACCAUCCGCAUGAUGUCAGCCAAGGAUCUCAUGGCCUGCCUCUGCCAAGGGAGGACCAGCACCUUGUCCUGAGCACUCCCAGCUUCCCAUUGCCUUCAACCUGGCUGCAUUCAGCUGCCAUGCCCCUACCUCCUGAUGUGGCCAGCACCCUCCAGGACUUCAUCUCGGUGCACUCAAAGGCCGAGGACGUUGCUGGCCAGCAGGAAAUUCCUGGUGCAUCCAGGAAGACUUCCAAGAGGUGGUGGAGCAGGGGGCACCACACCCAGACAGCUGUGUGUAAUUGUGCAGCUGCGAGCUGCUGUGGGUGCUGGCCGGAGUGCAUUCUGUGCACACUGGACUGUGUCACCACAGGCAGGCUGUUGCCGGAGGAGGAACUGUUGGCCGCCAAGGCCUAUGUGCCUGGAAACCAGCGGGGCUGCUGCAGGAGGAGGGCUGCAGGAUGCUCCAGCUCAGACCCGACUCAGGGUUUUAGAGGGCACAGGGCAUAAGGCUGUGGACAUAGACAGCCCUACUGCGCAGGAAGAGCAUAAACCAGUCAGAGGACAUGCAUGUGGGCUGCUGUUGCAUUCUGGUCUCCUUUGAGGUAGGGAAGGACGUAUUUCUUUCUAUUUUAUGGGUGAGCAAACUGAGGCACAGUGCUGGAGUGAUUUCCCACGGCAUCGAUGGCAGAUUUAGCUCCAGGGCUUAGAUUUUAGGAUUCUGCCUCUCAAAUACCGUGAUGUAUCGUGGGCUUUCUCUCCACAGAAAAUUAGAAACUCAGAAAUGGAAAGGGAACAAUGAAACUUACCCAUUCUCCCACUGCUCACAUUUCCUUCUGGUCUUUUUGUGUGUGCAUAUAAAAUAGAUCUCAGAAAA